GGCGGCAGCGGGGCGCAGACACCCGGGCCGGGCGGAGGGUCGCGGCGACGGCGGUGGCCUGAGGUCGGCCCGAGACCCCCGCGCAGCCAUGUCGGAGCUCAGCGAUGAAGCCAGCGAGCCUGAACUCCUGAACCGCAGCCUGUCCAUGUGGCACGGACUGGGCGCGCAGGUCAGCUGCGAGGAGCUGACCGUCCCUUUGGAUCUUCACACGGCGGCAUCCAUCGGCCAGUAUGACGUGGUGAAGGAAUGUGUGCUGCGGAGGGAGGUGGACCUGAAUCAGAAGAACGGCGGCGGCUGGACCCCACUGAUGUACGCCUCCUACAUCGGCCAUGACACCAUCGUGCACGCGCUGCUGGAGGCGGGGGUGAGUGUGAACGUGCCGACCCCGGAGGGGCAGACUCCGCUGAUGCUGGCAUCCAGCUGUGGCAAUGAGAGCAUCGCCUACUUCCUCCUGCAGCAAGGUGCAGAGCUGGAGAUGAAAGACAUCCAGGGCUGGACCGCCCUCUUCCACUGCACAAGCGCUGGGCACCAGCAGAUGGUCAAGUUCCUUCUGGACAGCGGCGCGAAUGCAGACGUGAGGGAGCCCGUGUACGGGUUCACGCCUCUGAUGGAAGCAGCGGCAGCCGGCCACGAGAUCAUCGUGCAGUGCUUUCUGAACCACGGAGUCCAAGUGGACACGAGGGACCACAGCGGGGCCACUGCCCGCAUGCUGGCUAGGCAGUAUGGACACAUGAAGAUCGUGAGCCUGAUUGAUGCGCACUCGCCCGCUCUGCCCAAGAGCCUCUUCUGGGGCCCAGAGCAGUACCAGGAUCUGAGCUCUUCAGAUGAGUCGUGCCCCGCCCCGCAGAGGCAGCGGCCCUUUCGGAAGAAGGGCCUUAGCAUCCACGAGGGUCCUCGUGCCCUGGCCAGGAUCACAGCCAUCGGCCUGGGGGCCAAGACCCAGCAGCCUCGCUACGAGCAGGCGCCUCCGCGGGGCUAUGUCACCUUCACCAGCAGUGACGAGAACCCUCUGGACGCAGGAAGCCUCCGCUACAGGGACGUCACCUCCCCCAUCAACGACAGGGACGUGGAAAGCAGCAGCAGCAGUAGCCGUGAGGAAUGCGCCUUCCGUGCGGACUGCGGCGUCGCGCGGAGCAGCAGCAGCGAGGGGCUGGCCCGAGCCCCGGGCCUCAGCAGCGAGGGCUCCUUGGAAAGCAACGAGGAUUCGGACCCUGUGCGUAAGAGCCCCGCUCGCAGACAGGCGAGAAGCUACGUGAAAGUUAAGAACCGCCACGGCAGCAGCGACAGCCAGUGGCCCCCCAGCCCCGGGCCCCUGGGGGCAGCCUGCUCCCCUGUGUCUGGCCCCCAGGUUGAGAAACCCGCCUCAUCAGGACCCCAGGACCUUGCCACGCUGCUGGAGCAGAUCGGGUGCUUGAAGUACCUGCAGCUGUUCGAGGAGCAGGACGUGGAUCUCCGCGUCUUCCUCACCCUCACCGAGAGCGACCUGAAGGAGAUCGGCGUCACAUUGUUUGGGCCCAAGAGGAAGAUGACCUCCGCCAUUGCCCGCUGGCACAGCAGCGCCCGGCCCCCCAGCGAUGCCCUGGAGCUGGCCUACGCUGACCGGCUGGAGGCCGAGAUGCAGGAGCUUGCCAUCCAGCUGCACAGACGGUGUGAGGAGGUGGAGGCCAUGCGGGGCCAGGUGUCGCAGGAGCAGGAGCUGCGGGCUGUGGUGGAGGGCUGCCUCCUGGAGCAGGGCAGUGCCCGCAAGGACACCCACGACCGCCUGCAGGAAGCCUGGGCGCAGGCCCACGAUGCUGCACUCGUUUUGGACCAGCUACGGGCCUGUCAAGUGCAGCUGUCAGCACGACUGAGGGGGGACGAGUCCUCCAGCGCAGCCCCGGGUUCCCCAACAGCAGACUGGCAGGCCUCCCUGCAGGGCCUCAGCCUCCUCGAGCUAUCCGGCAUGUUGGAGGACCGAGUCCGGGAGCUGGGCCAUGUGCUGUGUGCAGUGACCCAGAGCCUGGACAAGCUGCGGGGCAAAGAGAACUGGCGGGAGCCGUAGCCGGCGGGUGAACCUGACGUCGGGUGACAAUCCACCCGGAAGCCGAGCAGCAGAGGGCAGUGCCACUGGCAGCAGCCCAGGCCCCAGGGGCCCGAGGACCUGCCGUCCCAGGAGCAGACGAACAGGAGCCACAGCGGCCCACCGCGAGGCAGGACAGAGCCACACCCGGAGCCACUGGGAGGCC